CCCCAUCUGCGUCCAUCUCGAAAAUAGUGCGCCAUUUCUGUCACAACAUAUGGCAGCCAAUGGGAGCUACCAAAUCUCAACUUUCGUUUGACGGGCUGCAGGCCGUCAGGUCGACGGUGACGGGCCCGACACCGACAGACUGACGGUCAUGUGUGAACUGCGUUUAAGGCUCAUGGGUUAUGAACCGUUUUGAUUUUUACUUGAACAGCCCUAGAUAAAAAACUGAAUAGUGAAUAAAAAUCCCUGAGGAUCAGGAACAAGGACUUUGAACAAUUCACGGAAUUUCCGAAAACCUUUCCUCAUAGUUCUCUGCGUAAAUUUAUCGUAUGUAAAACUUGCGAGAUCUGAUGACGUCACCACUGCCAUUCAUAAUGAGCUAAAUCGUCUAAAAAGACAAACCUUAAAAAUUGGACCAUAUUGUUUUGUGUUGUAUGUCCACGUCGGUGUAUUUGCAAUAAGAUAAUAAAGAAAAUAUGGGUGUGGAAGAGGAACCUAUGCAAGUUGAAGAUGCCGAAGAUCUUGAGGAAAGUGAUGAAGAGGAGGUGAAGACUGAAGAACCUCAGGUUUUCACGUUGAAAGUUCUUAAGGUCAUCAAGGAGGCCCAGGCCAAGCAUGGGCUACGCCAUGGUGACUACCAGCGCUACAGGAGCUACUGCAGCCGCCGGAUCCGCCGGCUGAGGAAGUACCUCCACUUCGUGCAGGGCAACAAGAAGAACUUCCGACGCAAGGAUGUCACCGAGGACGUGCUCAAGGACGAGAAGUACCUGUACAUUCCGCUGAUGACUGUGGAGCGCGCCUGGAGUUACGCCAUGCAGCUUAAACAGGAGGCCAACACGGAGCACCGCAAAAAGUACCACCUGGCCUCGCGGCUGCGCAAGGCCGCGCAGCAGGUCGAGCUCUUCCAGAAACUCACCGACGAGUCGGCUCGCUGUGACGCCCGCACCAAGCUGGAGGUACAGGCGUACGCGGCCGACAUCCGCGGCACGCUGGCCUUCGAGCUGCGCCGCUGGAACGAGGCCAUCGAGCACUACACCCAGGCCAGGACCAUCUACGAGAAGCUGGCGUCAGCGCUGAAUGAGGAGGAGGCGGCCGUCUACAAGACGCGAGCCGAGGAGCUGGUACCCUCACUCAGGUUCUGCGCCUACAGUGUCGGAGAUAAGGCCGCCGGAGAAGACAUCAUGAAGAUGCGACCCGGACACAACGACAUGCUCGAUACGCUGAUUGCAGAGACGCGAGCUCGUCAGGCGGAGGCCCUGAGCGAGGUCACCUGGAGAGGGCGCACCGUCGGCGUACAGCACGAAAAGGUCCGUUCGUUCCUGCUCAGCGUUCAGGAGUUUGAGUCGGCCGUCCAGCAGGCCGAAGACAAGCUGGACCUGUACGAGACGCAGCUCAUGGACUGCAAGGACGCCGUCAACGUGGUCAAGGAGGAGCUCAGGCAGGACCCAGCGUACAAGCAGUACCAGCCAGGCGGCGACGCGCCGGUCGGUCCCAUGCACUACCUGCUGACCUACCUGAGCUUCAUACGGCUCAACACGACCGUGCAGCGAAACCUCAUCAUCAUCGAGAACACGGAGGCGAGGCGCAAGGAGAAGGCGAAGGGAGUGGACGGCCGGCGGGCGCGGAUCCAGGACGUGAUUCGCCUGUACGAGAUCAUCCUGCAGAACCUACAGGAGAUCCCGCAGCUGGCGGGACUCGAGGGAGACCUCGAGAUGCGCAGCUCCGUGCAGGCCCAGAUCAGCGCCUACAAGGGAUUCAGGUGUUUCUACGUGGCGGAGACGUACGCGGGUCAUGAGAAGUGGCCGGAGGCGCUGGCGCUCUACUCGCGGGUGGAGAACUACUGCCAGAACUCGCUGCAGUCGGAGCUCGAGCCCGACCUCAAGUCUCGAGUGGAGCGACUGCUCACUGAAGUAGAGGGUCGGAAGUACGCCGUUCACGCGCGCAGCAUCCUGGCCACUGAGGACCUGGUGGAGAGGACCCAGCAGCUCAACGUCAGCGACCUCAAGCCGCAGCUCUCUGCCCCGGCUCUGGGCGCUGCCGUCUCCUGCUCCUCAUCCAGCUCCUCGUUUGACGUCGUGGAGCAGAUCCAGCGCCCGCCGCUGGUAAACAAGCCGCUGUCGGAUCGUCUGGACGAGUACGUGGACGCGCCGGAGGCGGCCGACAGGAUCUGCCAGAUGCCGCCCGCCAUGCAGCCCGUCCCCUGCAAGCCGCUCUUCUUCGACCUGGCGCUGAACCACCUGCAGUUCCCGGACGUGAGCGGCGAGAUGGGCGCGCGCGCCGCCGCCGCCGCCGCGCCCGCCGCCGCCGGACAGAAGGGCGCCCAGGCCGCCGCCCAGCCCGGAGGACUGACCGGCUUCGUCAAGGGCCUCUGGGGCUGGGGUGGGAAGUAGGCGGACAGCGGGGCCGAGAGGUGGACUGGUGGCGGGGUGAACGGAACAGAGAGUGGAUGGGGUGGAAAUGUGGACGGGAGCUGAGUGGUCGGGGUGGAAAUGUGGAGAGCGGGUGUGGACGGACGCCGGAGGUGGGGUGGACAGGUUGGACUGGAAGUGGAGUGGUAGAGUGGACAGAUUCCACGGGGAUGUGGACAGGCGAGAGUGGACCGGGCACGGUGAAAAUUGUGAGGCGGACACGGAAGAUGAACCGGGUGUCUGGAGUGAAGUGGACCUGUGCUUACGCUGAGAGAGUGCAGUGCGUCUGUAACGGGGGCUACGGUGGGCGCCAAGCUGACGGGUCUUCGGACCAUCUUGCCAGCCAUGGUAGGGAGCUGUGCUACUGUGUGGAUGAUGACCUCUCCCGGCUAUUCUGGGUUUGGGUUCACCCGGUUCCACCUCUCCCCAGCCGCGUUCCACGGGCCCCGUCCCCCUGUACCGGUGUAUGGCCGCGUGCCGACCUCGAGGAGCACCGACUGCCAGGUUAGAGUGCGGUGGUUGGGGAAUAUAUCUAUAUUCACACACUUGAAAGGCGUUUUAAAUAGGCUGUUUCACGUGACGCUGACCGGAACUGUUUUCUGUUAUUUGUGGUUUCUAUCGGUUUGGGACGCUGAAUAAAUUAUUGACACGCCUA